GCAUAUAAGCGCUAUUGUAAUGCCGAAGUUCUGGAGGCAAGAGACGACAUGCGAGUUAGUAGUUUCUGCAAUCCAGUGAAGGCUGUUGAAAGUAUUAAGAGUGUAUUGACUGAAGAUGAAGUGAAACUGUUUAGGGAGACCGUUUUUGGGUACAUGUUAGAUGUAGGAAAUCUGAAAUGGUUAAAUGCACAGCUGAUUUCAUUGCUGAUAGGUAAUCAUGUUGCACCUGUGGAAGAGAUGACUGUUAAGAAUGAAAUUCAGUUUCAAAUUGGAGAAAGACUAGUUGGAAUGAAGAAAAAAGACCUAGCCUUGAUAACUGGAUUUGAGUUUGGCAGCAACAUACCACCUAUGAGUACUCGUUGUGAUGGGGAACUGUGGAGGAGGUACUUUACUGGAAAGACGAGCGUUGACCGGGGAGACCUAAGGCAAGCCUUUGAAUCCAUUAAUAAUAGAAGACAAGACAUGCAACCAUUAGAUGCAGUGAAGUUAGGAUUGUUGCACGUUCUUGGCAACUACAUACUAGGUAACCAGUCAUCACUCAAAGUGCCUACAACUUACAUCAACUUGGUAGAUGACCUUGAUGUAUUCAAUAAGUUUCCAUGGGGUGAUAUCGUGUGGUCUGAUUUGCUUGAUAAGGUUCCAAAGUGUGCAGCGAUAUUGGGGGAGGGAAAGAGCACUAGGGUGACAUUCCCUGGAUAUGUAUUUGCCCUGCAAAUAUGGGGUUUUGAGACUUUUCCAGAACUGACAAGAAAAAGAGUGUGCUUGAAAAGGCAUGAAACUUACUGGCCAAGAACAUUAAAUUGGUCUGUCACAUCAAAGCCAUCAGCUGUGAUUCUUGGGGAGAUAAUUUUCAAUAAUCCACAGUUUGAAUGGGAAGAGAUGAAACCAACAGAGGAGGAGUUGGAAGAGACAUGUGUUGCACAUGCUUUGGAGAAAAUAAGUGCUGAAGAAGCUUCUUCAAAGCCAGUCAAGAAAGCAAGAAAAAAGGCUACAAAGAACGGUUGUAAAGUUCGGAAGGCAAAAGUACAGAGGCAUAAUAACCAAAAGAAUGAUGUUGAUGAGGAUGAAGAUCCAUCUGCUGAAGAUAGCGAAGGGAACAAAAUAAGAGAAAGGGGAGUGAAGAGUAUUUUAAGAGAAAUGAGAGCACAGGGUGAAAGAAUUGAGAAACUAGAGAGGACAAUUACCAAACUCUGUGAAUUGCAAGUCAAGCAUGCAAGCAUGAUUAAAAAGCUGUUGGUGAAUGCAAAGAAUGGAAAGGUUGCUCUAACCAGAAGGUUUCCCUUGAUCAAGAAAAGAAAAGAAGUCAGGGAUGUUGACGUUCCAUCGUUUGAACUUGCACCAGAGUUCAACAAUCGCAGUGAAGACGAAGAAGAAAAGAAAAGUGAAGAGCUACAUGAAGCGGAGCAGGAUGAGAGUGACAAAGCAGAAGAGAGUGAAGAUAUAAAUGGAACAAAGGAUGAUGUGGCAGCAUCUGAAGUACAGACAGACUGGGGGGAUGGAUUUGAGGAGCCAUUCAAUACCCAAGUAUUGGUUAAUGCAGUGGAUGAAAUAUUGGAAAACAUGAAUAUUAAUAAAAAUGUUGACACACCAGAA